UACCGUCAAUGUCAAAGGAUCCUGGAUCAGCUGUUUGCUGUCGAUCCCCUCACAACAUCCACUAACAACAGCGGCCGUUAAUACGAGCGAAGGAGUACCUCAUGAAGAUUGAAGUCAGGUGCACAGCAGCUUCACGUCGUUUUCAGGCAGCAUGAACUCUCUCCCUGGAAGAGCCGCACUGUCUCUGUGCAGGCGCACGGCGGCGGGAGGGAUGAGGGUCUUCGCAGGUUCUCCGGGUCAUCCUGCGGGGAUACUGCCCGCAGACAGGGCCUCUUUCCAGGCUGUCCGGGUCUGCCACUCCGGGACGAACCGCAAGGGCAGCGUCAGCACCAAGAAGCGGGGCUACGACAUCACCAGAAACCCACACCUCAACAAGGGAAUGGCAUUCACCAUGGAGGAGCGCUUACAACUGGGCAUCCACGGACUGCUGCCCCCCGUCUUCCUCUCCCAGGAUGUGCAAGUCCUGCGUGUCAUGAAGAGCUAUGAAACACGCACCAAUCCCCUUGACAAGUACAUCCUGUUGAUGACGCUACAGGACAGGAACGAGAAGCUGUUCUACCGUUUGUUGACCUCUGACAUCGAGGAGUUCAUGCCCAUCGUGUACACCCCCACCGUCGGCUUGGCAUGUCAACAGUACGGACUCGCCUUCAGGAGACCACGAGGACUCUUCAUCACCAUCCAUGAUAGAGGCCACAUCGCCACCGUGCUCAACUCCUGGCCAGAAGAAGACAUUAAGGCCGUUGUGGUGACAGACGGGGAGCGUAUCCUCGGCCUGGGUGACCUGGGCAGCUAUGGGAUGGGGAUACCUGUUGGGAAGCUGGCGCUCUACACAGCCUGCGGAGGGGUUCGGCCGCAGCAGUGUCUCCCAGUGCUGCUGGACGUCGGCACUGACAACCAGGCGCUGCUCAACGACCCCCUGUACAUCGGACUGAAGCACAAGAGAAUCCGAGGAAAGGAGUACGACGAGCUGAUCGACGAGUUCAUGCAGGCAGUGACAGACAAGUACGGGAUGAACUGUCUGAUUCAGUUCGAGGAUUUUGCCAACAGCAACGCCUUUCGCAUCCUCAACAAAUACAGGAAUCGAUACUGUACCUUCAACGACGACAUCCAAGGCACUGCCUCAGUAGCUGUUGCUGGGGUCUUAGCUGCUUUGAAGAUCACUAAGAACAAACUGUUAGACCACACCUUUGUUUUCCAGGGAGCAGGCGAGGCUGCUCUGGGUAUUGCUCACCUGCUUAUAAUGGCCAUGGCCAAAGAGGGUGUCACUAGAGAAGAAGCUGCCAAGAGGAUCUGGAUGGUGGACUCGAAGGGUCUCAUUGUGAAGGGAAGGAGCCACCUGAACCACGAGAAGGAGGAGUUUGCCCACGAGCACCCGCACCUGAAGACCCUGGAGGAGGUUGUGCAAACCAUCAAACCCACCGCGAUCAUAGGCGUGGCUGCUAUUGGAGGAGCGUUUACCGAGAAGAUUAUCAAAGACAUGGCGUCCUUCAACGAGAGGCCGAUCAUCUUUGCCCUGAGCAAUCCUACCAGCAAGGCGGAGUGCACGGCAGAGCAGUGCUACAAGCUCACAGAGGGUCGGGGCAUUUUUGCGAGUGGAAGUCCGUUUAAGAAGGUGACGCUGGCUGAUGGACGCACCUUCUACCCCGGGCAGGGAAACAACGCCUACGUCUUCCCUGGAGUGGCGUUGGGUGUUAUAGCCUGCGGAGUUCGCCACAUAUCUGAUGACAUCUUCCUCACCACAGCAGAGGCAAUAGCUGACAUGGUGACAGAGGAGCACCUGGCUGAGGGAAGACUUUAUCCUCCUCUCAGCACCAUAAGAGAGGUGUCCUUCAAGAUCGCAGUGAAGAUUGUCAACUACGCAUACAGACACAACAUCGCCUCGCUGUACCCGGAGCCUAAAGACAAGGAGGCGUUUGUACUGUCCCACGUCUACAGUCCUGAUUACGACUCCUUCACUCUGGACACGUACAGCUGGCCGCAGGAGGCCAUGAAUGUUCAGGACGUGUGAUCCGGACCUUCUUGUCUCUGUCUGAACUUAAAGGGGACCUAUUAUGCUUCUCCUUAUAUUCUGUCACAUAUAUACAUAGUUCCAGUGUUGAAUGUUCAUAUUAAACGUGUCAGAUAAUUAGGUUAACGUAUGUAAAAGUAAUCCCGGUUCUUUCUGACAUCGGCUCCAAGCACAGCUAGUCUCGCACAACCGUCUACUCGAGUAGUAUUAUAAGCAUUUGAUGUACUCCAGUAUACAAAUAACCGACAGUGCAUGUUUACUAUACAGUCGUUUGGUGACAGAAGAAUAUCAUUUUACUGGCAAUAUUAGCUGUUGUAUUUCCUGACAGCAGAUGUUUUCCACUUAAAUCGACAUUUUAGUGCAUUUCCCACAUGUACAGCCAUUACCAGGAUGUAUAGAAAAAAUACCAUAUACAGAUUGUGACUUGAAGUCUAAAUCCGCCUUUUAUGUCACACACUAAGCAGAUAAUGGGUGUGAUAUUUACUGAACAUAGAUGUCCUGCUGUAAUCUUUGCUGCUGUGGUUACUGUGCUGCUAUUCUGGAUCAGAUUCUGACUCUAACAUAAACUGAUGGAUUUGAGAAGUCGCCACUUCCAAUCAAUCGUGUUGUUUUUUAGUUCUAGUCACUCACACAGUUUGUACAGCUUCAGAACCUCCACACCGUUAAGAGGAUGAGGCGCCGCCCCUCGGCAGGCUUUCAACAUGUUGAAGAUGUAAUCAGAAGGAAGUGGGCCGCGGUUCAACCUGAUAGCCGACUCACACAAAGCUACUCAAGUGGCGUCCGGGAAUCAAACUAUAGAGCUGGAAAUGAGCAUAAUAGGUCCCCUUUAAUAUGGUGCCAUGGCGAUGCACAGAAACCUUGCCAAUGAUUCUCGCCUUUUUAGUCGUUUUUUUUCUCCUUAAAAAUAAUGUCUCUAUAAAUGUCAGUGUGUCCCUGGUUUGUUCAGUUCAACGAGCAGCACACAGUGCUAAUUAUGACUUGGAUGCCCAAUAAUAAGCCAACCAAACACUGCAGAAUACUGUACAUGUUAAGGAUUCUCUAUGUCAGCCUUUCAUGUACAAGUUGUUAUUUGCAGUGCUGUAAUUUAUUUUCAGUUCUCCGAAGGUCUGACUGAAAAUUUUUUUUUUUAUAUCAACAACAGCAUAUCAAAAAUGAAGUAUGUCCUCUAUGACUAUACAUCUUCACCCGCAUUUCUUUCAAUAGAUUUCCCAGCUAAGAUCUGGCGAGUGCAGUGAUUCAGAAUCUGUCUUUGAGAGAUGAAUCUGAGCUGGUGCAUAAAAUACAAAGCAGCGGUUCACAAUAACGCACAAUGCUUGUCUUGACACAAACCAACAGAGGACUCAUUUUGAAGCUUAGUCGAGAAAAAAAAAAAAAAAAAAAAAUGGAAACUAUUAGUGCCUCUUCCUGUGUGACCUCAGGACAUCCCUGCUCCAGAUUAUGAGUUAAAACCUCUGAAAUUGUUCGGUGGGUAGCAAAAAUCUGGUUCAUCCUUGCAGCUGCUGCUUCACAUUUUACACUCCUGUCAAUGUGCGCACAAGUUAUAACCUGCACACAGGACUGAAAACACUCCAGGAUCAGCCUGUGCAGUAUUUCUGUUUCAUCCUUUCUGAAUCAGUUAUUCUUGAUGGGAGUCAUUGCUGUUUUCUUGAAUAUGUGUUGUCAGGAAUUGAAUGUGACCAUCAGGAUGUUUUAUUUGUAUACAGUGGUGUGUUCUGCUUUAGUUUUGUACAGAGCUCUGCCUGUUGUGUUUUUGCCAAAGUUACUGAUGAACUGUAUCUUAUCUUUUACUCGUAGAGAACAUGUUGCUCAGCAAGCUUUAGUACUGAGAGAGAUGCUUGAAGUUUUCAAAGGGAAGGUGAAACUUUUUAAAUAAAAUUGUUAUGAAAGUGA